AUAAAUUUGAUAAAAACAAGACAUAUUUUGUUUAUUUUAAUCUAAUAGUCGAUGUGUAUGCGCUUUAACGUUAUCAUUAACAAUCAAAAUGAAAUUACAACUUUUUCAUCUCAUCAGUGUUUCGGCAUUGGUUGGUUUUGCUUUCACCACACCGCUUUGUCCACAAUUAACACCAUUUCCGGUCGCUUCAGAGGUCCUGAAACUAUUUUUUGAGUUUCUUUCCCAAUAUCAAGCUCCUGUUGCAGCUUCAUUACCUGCAGCUCCAUCACCUGAGGAUCCCUCACCUGCAGCUCCAUUACCUGCCGCCCCAUUACCAGCAGCUCCAUUGAAUUUGGAAUCUUUACCGGCAGCUCUAUCAUCUGUAGCUUCAUUACCUGCAGCUCAAUUACCAACAGCUCCAUUGUCAUUUGAAUCUUUACAGGCAGCUGAAUUACCUAUGGAAUCUUUACCAGCAGCUCCAUUACCUACAGUUCCCUUACCAACAGUUCCAUUUCGAGGAUGGCCAAUAAAUUCGGGAUUAUUUGCCCCAGUAAAUGGAUUCAUUGGUAAAGAUUAUCUAUAUAAUUAUUCUGAAUAAAUAAUAAAUUGAAAAGAAUUUUCUUGAAAAUCCUAAAA